AUGUCUUCCUGUGAGAACCCUAAUGUCGACAAAGAUGCUCUGAUGACGAGGCGUCAGAAAUUUGAUGGCAAAACGAAAAUCUGUGUAAAGUGCAAAGAAAAUCGAGGAAAUAUCGUGGUCAGAUAUGCCGUUUACUGCAAAACUUGUUUCUUCCCGCUUGUGCAAGGUCGAUUUCGCAAAUCCUUAGAACCCACAAUCAAUGCACCGAAUGGUACAAGGCGCAAAGGACUCAAAGCAUCGGGAUCCCUCGUAGUAGGUAUAUCUGGUGGAACAAGCUCGGUUGCAAUGUUAGACCUAGUUGCAAAGACAUAUUUUGCACCUCUCGAAGCCGAUUUUAAAGGAGGAAUGGAACAUCCUCGCCUCGUAGACAAAAGUGUAUGGAAGGGAAAGCCUUAUGUGUGCUAUGUUGAAGUCUGUGGUGCGUUUCCUGGAGAAAGGGAUAGGAUAGAAGAAGUUCGACAUCUAGUUGAGAGUUACGCUGAUGCGGAGUUCGAGUUCAUUCCCCUCCGUCUGGAGGACAGCUUUGACAAGAAAUGGUGGGAUACUUUUGGAGGCAGCGAUCUGUCGAAUUCAGCACGGUCUCUUGGUUUGGACAUGAGAGAUGAAGAUCUACGGUUGGCCACUUCGUCUUCUGAAAUCUCCUCUCUUACGGCCAUGCGAACUUAUCUUUCUUCUCUACCCACACCAACCGCGUUCCAUAGCGCAGUCCAAAUUCUAAUUCGGCUUCUACUUCUGCAUACCGCAGCAUCGAGACGGGCAUCACAUCUGCUUCUCGGAACAUCCUUGACAGCUCUCUCAGUGAACCUGAUAUCAGGCAUUGCUCAGGGUGCAGGGUUCUCAGUAGCGGAAGAGGCGCAAGAGGUGUGGGAUCCGCCGAAUUCAGGCGAUGCAUUGCCAAUACGCAUAGUGCGCCCAAUGCGCGAAAUUGGCAUGAAAGAAUGUGCAAUUUGGGAUUGGUGGUGCAAACUAAACAUCGUUGCCCAUUCAAGAACUUCGCCAAGUGGGGUGAAGAACGCGAUCAGCGCACUAACAAAAGAUUUUAUAUACGGACUCGAAAGCGACUACCCUGCAACGGUUUCCACGAUCGCCCGAACUUGUGCUAAAUUGACACCAAAGGAAGGGUCGAAUGGCACUUGCAUCCUAUGUGGGCGCCCUGCGCAAAGUGGCGUUCAGGAAUGGAAGUCGCGGAUAUCGAUACGCUCAUACCAGGAGGCAAGAUCAGCGGUGUCCGGGAACACACGCCCAUCACAUCUGACGGAAGACGAAAUCACAAAUCUUACUAAAACAUCGACGUUGGGCUCGACGCCAACUGUCCCUUCUCUGACACCACAGCUAUGCUAUGCAUGUCAUACACUUCUCACAAGUCGUAGCAGUCGCGCGACGAUUGCAUCACUGCCUCCUGGACAGUCUCUGGAUAAUAUUCCGCUACCGCUAUGGGUUCAGUCUACUAUUGAAAAACUGCGUCAGCAAGAGCGAGAGCAAGAACAUGCAGAGCAUGAUUCCCAUCCGGACCUUGCCCAAGGAGUGAAGCUAAGCCGAUCUGAGAUGAGAGAGCAAAUCGCCGAAUUCCUACUGCCAGAAGAGUAA